AUGCUCGAAGCACUGAUGGCAGUACUUGAAGUAACUAUUAUUUAUCGUAUGAAUUGUAUCGAGGGUCGUCAUAGUAUAGCAUAUGUGUUUGUACCACUAUCGUCUGAGACUGCGGUGCGGAUGGGCUUAGAGCCAAAUGGGAGUGAAAUAUUCAUCCCCUGCUCUAACUGUUUCUUCAAAUUUGAUCGAUCCCGAAAUCAACUAAUACAGUAUUACAAUCGGCCAUCGUUUGGUGAAGCACUACAGCCCUGCGGGUGUUUUGAAUAUGUGAAAGAAGUCGUCACAAACAUGAAGGAACUGGCUCUAAUAACGGUGUCACAAAAUAUUAUCAAAAUCAACAUUGGCGUGUAUUACGGAGUGAUGAAAACGGAUCGAUGUCGUUUGGAUUCAGUCAAAUCUGCGCGUACAGUUAAUGGACUGCAGCUAGCUUUGCUGAUGAGAUGUUCAUGA